UGUCAAUGUGCUUCCCGUAGCUUGCUGCCAACACAGACAGUUUCUCUCGUCAACAAGAAUGCCGGGGCCUCGCCACAUGCCCCCUUGACACCGCUCGGUGUCAACUGUUUAGUCUGAAAAUGGUUUCUGGCUGAGAAUUAAGCUCUGUUCUCUUCUGCACACAAGACAAGAGGAUCUAGAGGGAACUGAAGUGAAGUUUAGCGAUGGGGCUGUUCGGCUCUAAGGAGCAGCGGAGGUUCCGGAGAGACCUGCUGGAGACACAUAACGAGUACCGCACAUGGCACGGCGCGCCAAAACUCAAACUUUCCAAAAAGCUCAGCAGAAGUGCAAAGGCGUACGCCAGAGGACUGGCAGAGACGAACAGUAUAGCAGACCUGCGGCACAGUCCGGAGGCCAUCGAGGGGCUGUACGGGGAGAGCAUCGCCUGCGCGUCCUACCAGCAGUCAGGACGUGAAGCGUCAGAACUGUGGUACACUGAGAUGAAGAGAUACAACUUCGAGACACCUGGAUAUCAACCAAGAACAAGUCAUUUCACGGCGAUGGUGUGGCGGAGCACGGUGAAGGUCGGGUGCGGCGUGGCCAGGGCGGAGGACGGGAGCACGUACAUAGUCGCCAGGUACUUCCCACCUGGGAACAUGAUAGAGGAGGGGGAGUACGCAGAGAACGUCUGGCCUCCGCGCUGAUGCUCGGACGUAUGGACGUAGCUUUUCCAGGCUCUUUGGGUUCCUGGGAAAAUAGUAACAUGAAGCAAGUAGGUUGAAUAAUUUGCCAGAGGAACCAACCGACCAAUGAUCUACUGGUACACAUUUGCAGCCCAUGUGUAAGUCCUUCGCUGGUAACCUCUCUGGCAAAUUAUACAACCUAUUGGCUUAUUUUCACUAUUGCCCCAGGAGCCAAGAGACUCCGAGAGACUAUAGGAGAUGACGAUGGUGCUAGAUGUGAUAUCCAAACGAGCAUUUUCAACACACGGAAGCACAUUCGGACAUUUAAUGCUGCUAAGUUGUACUUUUAUCAGUGUUUGUAAGUCGAUGUUGGUCACUGUCACAGAUGUAGAAGCAGCAAUAUUUGAUAAGCAACAAAGCUGACCAACAAUGCUCUGCACCGUGCAGCAGACAAGGAACAAAUGAACAUUGAG